AUGAAGGUGGACGGGAAGGGGAAGGAAGAAGUGGUAGAAGAGAUUUGGGGGAAGAUAGGUGCGAAAGAGAAAGUAGAGGAAGUAAGGAGGAUAGGCAAAGUGGAUAGAGAGGGGAGAGGUAGAUUGCUGGUGAAGAUGGAAGGAGUGGAGGGAAAGAGGAAGGUAAUGAUGGCAAAAAGGGAAUUAAAAGGGAGGCCGGAAAGAAUAGAAGACGAUAGAACAGAGGAAGAAAGGCGGGCAAGGUGGAAGAUAGAGAGAGAGGCGGAAAGAGAGAGAAGAGAGGGAAAGAGGGUACAGAUUGGAUGGGGUUACGAGCAGAGAAGGGAAGGCGAAAGAGGGAUGGAAAGAAGUGUAAAAGGAGGAUCAGGAGAGGAAAGAAGGAUAUAUAAGGUGGCGUUUUGGAAUGUGGCAGGACUGAAGAACAAAGAGAAGGACUUUCGGGAGGGAAUAAAAAAAUGGGAUGUAGUGGUGAUGUGUGAAACAUGGGUGGGAAGAAGGGAGUGGGAGGGAAUAAGGAGUAAAGCGACGAAAGGAUAUGUGUGGGAAUUACAAUAUGCGGUAAGGAGAGGGAAGAAAGGACGGGCUAUGAGGGGAAUGCUUAUAGGGGCAAGGGAAGGAAUCAAAAUGAUGAGAGUGGAAAGGGAGGAGGAGGAGGAGGAAGAGGGGAUAAUGGCUAGGAAAAUAUGGUUAGGGGAGGAGGUGUGGAAUAUGAUAGGAGUAUAUGUGAAUAAGGAUUUGCAGAAGAAGCUGGAGAGAAUGAGGGAAUGGAUGGAAGAAAGGGAGAAGGGAAACGAGGGUAAGAACGGUAAGGUUGGUAGUAGAGGAGAAAGUGGAAUCGGACCACCAACCAGUGGUAGUAUGGAUAGAGGGUGGAAAAGGGGAAGAUGGGAAAAGAUGGAGAAGGAGGAAAGGGGGGAGAGUGAAAAAGGGGUGGUGGACAGAAGACAGAAGGAAGGAAUUUGGGGAAGGGUUUGUAGGGAAAGAAGGAAGGGGAAAAGAGGUAGAAGAGGUGUGGGGAGAAUUAAAAAGGGAGGUAUUCCAGGUGUUAGAAAAGAUGGAGAAGAAGUAUAA